AUGGAAGAAGCAUCUGGCAUACAGCUUGGAGUCAUCUGGGAUCAGCUGAAUCUGGACAAAAAGCUCUCCAUUAUGCGGGAGAUAGUGACGCUCGAGUCAAAUAUGCUGGCGGUGUCGUUUUCUCACUUUGGUAGUAUAUUCUUCGCGAACGAUGCAGUGGAAAGCGCAGUUCCAGCGCCGCUUACCAACAGCGCUUCCUCCGAACUGAAAGAGAGAGACUUCUGGAAGAAACAACGCUCGUCGAUGCAGAUCCCGCGGAGUCCUUGGCGUACACCCCAAGAAUAUGCGCGAAGUGUUGGCCGGCGUGAACUGGAGUGGAUCAAACGUUUUGUCAUCUCAAAACCAUUGAGCGAAGCUACUCUAAUCUCUUCAGCCCAAAAUAGUCCACAUGCACAUCUGCAGCUUUUGGAGAAGUAUCUCCAAGUGGCUCCAGCUAUGAUGGACAUUGACCCCGUCCUCACUCGCCCCAUUUUGUGGCACGGAGACCUUCAUUCAUCGAAUCUGUUUGUUGACGAUGGCCGUAUAACGGCUGUCAUCGACUGGCAGGGCUUGUGGGCAGGGCCGCUCUUCCUUCAAUCCCAACCCUCUCCGAUCGUGGACUACACAGACAGCAAUCUGAUCUUUCAUCUCAGACACUGGCCAGAACUCGGCAUCCAAGGCGAAUGUCCCUAUCACUUCACGCAACUACAUAGCCACGCCGGCGAUGGCAAGGGCUGGAACGAGGUCCAGGAGUUCUUUGACAGUAUCGAAGGCUUUGUGAAACGGGAUGGCUGGACAUCUCUCGAUACGUUCGACGCCGCCUUCAGCUUCUUUUCCGAACUGCGAGAACGGGGCCUGAGGCAUAUGAAGGGGGAAGAAAAGAGAGCCUUUGACAGACAGACUCGUUAG